UAGAGAACAACUUCCCUUGAAUAAAAAUGGAACUGAAGGUGUCAGUGGGUGGCGUUCAGCGGAUUGUCUGUGGUGUCACAGACAAAACCACAUGCCAGGAAGUGGUCAUCGCUUUGGCCCAAGCAUUGGGUCGCACGGGCCGCUACAUGCUGAAGGAGAAGUUCAAGGAGUUUGAGCGCAACGUGUCGCCGGACGAGCGACUGCUGGAGUCCCUGGGGAAGUACGGCCAGCACUGCAGGGAGGUGCAGCUCACGCUGCUGUGCACCGGCCCGUCCCAGGGGGGCGGGGAGGCAGCGGGGGGCGCGCCGAGGUGGGGCAGCCAGCAGGUCUGCGCCCCGCUGAGACGGUGGGACGUCGGGGGCCGGGGAGGACGGCGGGGAAGCGGCGCCGGCGGGGGCGGGGCCGGGGGCGGGUCCCGUCGGCAGAGCCUGCCCCCGCUGUCCCAGGCCGCCGAGGAGAGGAAGCCCAAACGGAAGUCCCUGACGCUGGUGGAGGAGGCGUUCGGCUGGCUGGAGAGCCUGAGCAGGAGCGGGAAGACGCGCCGGGGGCGGGAGAAGGAGGCGGGCAAGGAGCCCGAAAAAAAGAGAAAGGGCCGGACGCCGUCCUCCGACAGCUCUCCCGCCGCGUCCCGGGACUGCUGGUCCCCUGGCGGGGUGUGUGGCAUGGGGUGCCAGCAGAGACCGGCGGUCACCGCGCGCCAGCCGAGGACCAGCUUCCUGGAGGACCGCGACGACGGAGGAGGAGGAGAGCAGGACCGGGACGGCAACGGCAAUCGCAGGGAGGAGGCGAGCAAAGAUGGCGACGCGAGGAGGUGCCAGGAACUCGACGCGCUCAAGGUCAAGGCUGACAGGAAGCCGGGAGCGCAGCCUGUGUGGAAAGCCAGCGUUUCUCCUCCUCUUCCUCCUCUUCCUCCUCCCGCUCUCAGAAUGGAGGAGGAGGAGGAGACGCUGCGGGCGCUGCUGGCCCACCAGCGGGCCCGUCUGCACGAGCUGCAGCUGCAGCUGGACUCCACGGACGCGCAGAUCCGGGAGCUGGAGGAGGCGCGGGCGGCGCAGGAGGCCGACGGAGAACCCGCGGAGGAGGAGUCGGAGGAAGAGGAGCUGGCCUUCUGGGAGAACGAGCUGAGGGCGGAGGAAGGCUACGAGCGGGACCUGCAGGAGCAGUUCCUGGAGAUGAAGCAGAAGGCCGCCGAGUGCAAGGCCAAGCUGGAGGAGUACAGGGGCCGGCUGCAGGGGCGGGACCUCACCCGCGGCCACAGGGCCGUCCCGGAGGCGGAGCUCCCGGCCGAACCGAAACCCGCCGUCCCGAGCUGGACGAAGCCGCACGCCGGCACCCUCCGGCAGGACGCGGACCGCCAGCAGGCCGGACCCUCGGCACCGACCCGGGCGGAAGGCGAGAAGACGCCGCCGUCGUCCCCCACCGAGGCCUCCAGUUGCCCCCGCGCUCGGGUCUCCCCGCGCCAGACCGCGGACCCUCAGGGCGCGGGGGCGGGGCAGCUCCGGGAGUGGUGGGCGCGCCUGUCCGACGCCCAAAAUCAGUCCGGGACCAGGCCCGCUUCGCCGGUCCUCCACCGCUCCGAGAUCACCAUACAUCUGAGCAGCACGAGAGUCUGAGACUGACCGGGA